UAAGAAAGAAGCAAGGAAAUCGCACUAGUUCACGUUCAACCUAUUCUUAAAAUUUUCAUUUCAUUAAAACCGAGUUCUGUGUAAGGGGGGGCUCUACAGAUCAUCAGUGAGACGUUAUGUUCCUGAUUUUUAAAUUUGGAACGCAGCCGAAGUAAAACUGAUAAAGUUUUUUUUAUUUACAUAUAACUUUUUACAAUAUCCUAAUAAUAAAUAUAUAAUAUACAACAUAUAACUAAUUUAUUACCUAAUAUAUACACGUAAUAUAAAUGUUUAAAAAAUUGAUAAAGUGAGCAAGUGAGUGACAUUAUAAUUGCCAGUGAGUGAGUGUGACACUGACUGAGACUGACAGUCAAAAAAACAAAUUGUUGUUCCGUGUUCGUAGUUUCGUACGAGUCGCUAUUGAAAAUGGCAGUGAUAUUUAUUAUUUUUAAAAUUCUUAUGUUAAGCUUAUCAAAUUGUUUUGCUGAAGAAAUAAACUUGUAUGGAGAUGCUGGGGAAGCAUAUGCUAUAGACAUUUAUCUCGGACAUCCACAUCAAAAGUUCAAAUUAUUAGUUGACACAGGGAGUACAACUCUAGCCAUAGCUGCUUAUGCGAGAGAAGACAGCAAUAUAUAUUUUCAUUCGGAUAAUUCAAGCAGUCUAUAUAACAGUGGACAUAAGAUACAAGCCGCAUACACACAAGGCAAUUGGACAGGACUCUUAGCGUCAGACUUUAUUCAGUUUCCUUCCCUCAAUGGUUUACCAGAAGUGCGCACAGACUUUGCACUCAUUACAGAAAGUCAUGAUUUCUUUACUAAAGCCUCUGCAUGGCAGGGGCUCCUUGGUCUUGCAUAUAUGCCAGUUGGAGCGUGGGGCGAAGCCGGUUCAGUAGAAUCCUGGCUGGAUGCAGUUGACCGUAAUUUGAAUAGGCCAGUGUCGUUCUAUUUAAAACUAUGUGGACCAGUAAGCGCAACAAAUACAACACAUUAUGGAUAUUUCAAUGUUGUUGAUGACCACACACAAAAUUAUAAUCGUAAUAAAACAUUUCGUACACCGGUGUUGCGCAAACGAUGGUAUGAAGUAGGUGUCAUAGCUAUCAGAGUUAUGAGUACGAAGAGUAAUGGAACUAAUGUGGUCCAAGUUCAAGAUGAAGUGAGGGACCCCGAUGAAGAAAUGUGCGUUCAACUGAACGCAGUCAAAAGCAUUGUGGAUAGUGGAACAACUCAAAUAAAGCUGCCUGAUAAGUUGUUUAGACAGGUUGUUGAUGAGCUCAAGAACGAAUUUCGAAAAUCUGAAGUAAUAUUGGAUGAAUUUUGGAAUGGAAGAGAGGCUGCUUGCUGGCCGGAGCCUCAGGUGUGGUCCUUGCCCUGGUUGGCGAUAGACCUUCUUAGUGCCGACGCUGAUAAUCAGUAUUUCACGUUGGAGAUUCCACCGCAGAAUUACAUGCUUGUCGUGGGCGUUCACAACAGCAGCAACACAACUGGGACCGUGUCUACAUAUUGCUAUAAACUGGGAUUGGAAGCGGGAGGCACGGAAACUGUCAUCGGGUACAUUGCUAUGGAAGGAUUGCAGGUUCUAUUCAAUAGAUCAGCCGGUUGGAUUGGUUUCCAAUCAUCAGAGUGCGGCUCAAACGCUCGCAUCACGGGUCCUUACAACGCUUCUGAAUCACUUUUAUCGAGUUGUCAACUAAUAAGGCCGGUUGCAGACGUGGCAACAUCUAUCAAAGCUGCUCAGUGGUCAUUGUGUGGAGUAUUUAUUAUAGCAACAAGUGUAAUAACAUAUUUACUAGCGCCUACUGUAAAAUCCCUAUGUGACAGAAAAGUUCGAAGGCUACAACAAAUUUCUCUGUCACAAACAGCCUUAGUUGAACAAGAAUCUGAGUAGAGAGGAUUGACUGAAUUUAUUCUAGUUCUGGUCUUAGUCAAUAACGUCAAAAUUCAGAUAUUUUAUUCCUAUAUUUAAACUGCAACGUAAGGCGUUUUGAUUCUGAUCUCAAAGAUAAAAAAUAGUAUUUAACAUAAACUGGGGGGAUAUUUUUAUUUUAAACCUUCUCAUUUAGACAAAAAGUCUUAUGUAGUAAUAUAUUUAUAAGUUAAUAGUGACUUAACAUAUUUGGUAGGUAUUGUUACGGUCGCAUACUGAAACGCUACUUAAAAGAGAGACAUCUCAAACAUCAUUCUAUAUCUGUCGCAACUUACGUAAAUGGUCACAAAAAGACUUAAACUAACAGAACGACCUUUAGAACUUAUAAGUAAGCGUUUCAGUAGUUUCAGUUUCCAUGUACCUUACUCAUGUCUUUGAAAGUGUGAUUUUCGAGUCCACCAAAUCCAAGCGGAGCUGAGAAGUAGGUAUACAAAGAACCAAUAGAAUUUUGUUACUCGAACAUAUGGGAUAAUAGUAUAACUUGCUUAAAGACUUCUCCGCUCCGUUCCAGUUUGAUGGAGUCUAAAUCUUAGAAUAUUAUUAUAAUAAGUAGGUACCUAAUUAAUCUUUUUCGUUCUCAAAGUCAAAAAGUGUGAACAAUUAAUACUAGAGGUAUAUUCAGGGAAUAUAAAGCAGUGUUCAUCGAACAAUACAAAGCUGUAUAUAUAUUCAAAGUAGUCCUUAGAAUUUAAUUAAUUAUUAGAUUUGCACUGUAAAUAUUUUUAAAAUUACCAAAUACCAAAAUUCGAAAAAAAAUGUGUGAUAUAAUGUAAAUACUCGAUUAGGGCAUUCUGGUUUUUUAAUCUAGUUAUAAUUUACUCUAAAAGAGUAGUGUUUUAUUUUUGUAAGUGAUAAGUAGAUAAUGUAUUUAUUACCUAGGUGAAUAUUUUAUAAUUUCACUGAAUUACUCGUAUUGUGAAUACAAUCUGUUGAUUUGCAUCUGUGCAAAAUUCAAGGAGGUUGACAUAAAAUACGUAAUUAAUUGAAAUAGCUGAUAUGUGCCGGUUUUUUUUGUUCUUGCUAUUCAAUAGUAUUUCUGUAUUAACCCAAUUUUAUGAAUGCAAUGAUUGAUGGUCGUUGCGUAUGCUUUGUGUUGUUUGUGUGAGGGCGCAGUGCAGUUUUAAAGCCAGUAACACACGCGCCGAGUUUAAAUACGGCUAGGUGACACUGACGGAUUUCCGUAAACAUAAUAAAAAAAAUACGUACCAAUUUUAUUGUUGAUUUGCACGGAUGAAAAUCAACAGUUUUUAUAAGUAUCAAGGCUGACUUGCACCAUCGCUCCAUAAAUAAAAAUAUAAUGUGUUCUCUAUAAUUUGUUUCAAAACGAUGAAGGUAGAAUUUUCUGUACUAGUAAUAUAAAGCUAAAAAGUUGGUUUGAACGCGAUAGACUCGGGAACUACUGGAUUGAUUUGGAAAAUUCUAAUGCGUUAGGUAGAAAUGUGUCGAGGAAGGAUUUUUAUCCGGGUGCGACGAGUAGGUAGUUCCUACCACACAGAUGGCGGUAGCUAGUUGACCUAUAAAAAUAUUUGGGAGUAGUGCAAGCAAGCCUUAGUCUACUUGUAAAGUAAAUAUCUUUAAAAUCAUUCUACUUUCGGGGCUACACGGUUCUAUCGAUAUUUAUAGUUUCUAAACAGCAUUGCUAUUAAACAUGGAAACUUCGUACUACUAUAUCGGGUGUGUCGUUCAUAAUCACAUUAAAUUAAAUGCGUUAAUAUACUGCUUAAUAUAUGUCGAUUAACACAAAGAUAAAAGAAAAAUACGUAAAAAUAAAAAAAUGAUUUUUUCAAACAAAGUAAAUGGAAUAAAAAUGUGCAAAAAUUAGAACACCAUAUAAAAGUCAGUCAUUACAAACAACUGAAAUUCUCCCUUGAAAACUGACAGCUGUCAACUGAUCAAAACAUACGAUACUCCUAACUUUAUCUCUGCUUUACACAUGAUGUUGUAAAUUAUAAAAACGAAAAAUGACUCCUGUGGUUAAACCACUGAAUGAAUUAGGUUAUUUUUUUUACAAUUCGCCAUAGAAUAUCAUAAAGUAUAUGCGAUAGGAUUUAAUGUGAUUGUGAACGACACACCCGAUAUAAAUAUAUCUAGAUAUAAAUUGUUCUAGAACAAUUAAGCCCAGCGUGGUCGUUAUCGUAACGUUAAAUUAACUGUAAUACUCGAAUGGAAAACACUCCUUACUGUACAUAAUUGAUGUUCCACAUGAAGUAAGGAAUUUACAGAUCUAUCAGUUUAUUUGACGUCUCGAUAAUAAAGGUACCUAAGGUAUUAUAUAUAAGGUAUUUAUGCUAGACUUGUUUCAAAUCAUUGAUGUUAAUGCAUAUCAAAAAUCCAAUAUUAAAAAAUUGAUCUCA